CCCCGGAGGUGAGUCAGGUCCUGUGGUUCGUUCGCUCUAUAUCACUCACCUGAUAUAGCUCAAUUGAGAUACAGCUGAGACAUGAUAAAGCCAUUGAGCAUUCGUGGGUUAUGUAAACGCUCAGGUCGAGGGUCGCUCUGGGAAAUCCAAAUACAUUGACGGAAAACUCAUGACAUUCCCUACCUGACCGGGAAAUUAUCGCUGCCCGAACUCCGGGAUUCAUUUAGCCCAUCAUUCGCCGUAUCAUCUGCUUAUCCAACUCUUGCCUAUUGAUGAUCCGCAUUGACUAGCACUGACCAUUGACUCUCGCUCGACUCAAAGCACUAUGACCCACUGCCUGGUCCACUUCGGUGGGAGUUCGAUUUUGAUUGCGGGAUUGGUUUGGACCCUCGUCUCGGUGGCCAUCCAAGGCGGUCAAGUGGAUCACUCAAACGGUUGGAACUCCAAUAUCAACUGGGUGGGAACGUGGGACGAGGCUUUGAUCCAGGCCCAGCAAGAGAAUAAGCCCAUUGUGGCCGUCAUUCAUCGAACCUGGUGUGGCGCCUGCAAGGCUUUGAAACCGCAUUUUGUGGCCAGCCCCGAGAUCGAGGGAUUGUCGCAAAACUUUGUCAUGAUCAAUUCCCACGACGAGGCCGAUUUCACCGACGACAAAUUCAGCCCGGAUGGAGGGUACAUCCCGAGAAUUCUCUUCUUUGAUGCCCAAGGUCAACUCAUGGCGGAUAUUGUCCAAAGAACGGACAAAUACAUGUACUUCCAUAGCCAACCCGACACCAUCGUCCAGGCCAUGAAGACGGCUUUGAGUCGAGUCCAAGCCCAGGAGUCGAGCACUAAAACCGAGCUAUAA